AUGACCCAUCCCUCGGUUGCUAGAUUCUACGUGGAGGAGGAUCUUACCAAGGAUUUGCCAGAAUCCGUAAAGGUGGGCAAAAAGGGUCGUAAGCAUGAACAAGUUUUCACAUUCGAGCAUAUUCCAUUGUAUUGCUUGAAAUGUUGCAAGAUCGGUCACAAGGACGCUGAUUGCAGAGUUGGAAAGCCCAUGGUGAGAGUGACUGAUGCGAACAAGAUUGAGGUUCCAGAGAAAAAAGGAAUUAAAAUCAAGUUGGCAAAGCCUAAGUGGACAUUGAAAGGUGGUGAUCUGAAAAAUACACUGGAAGCACGAAUUGUAAGUUUGAAUCCCUUGGUGGUCAAAGGGGUGGAAAAGGAAGCAACGGUGGCAACGGAGAUAAUGAAAAACAACCCUGCGACAAAAACCAUAGAGGCGCGGCCUGCGGACGAAACCCUAGCUGCGAAAGAAACCCUAGGAGCGCAAGCCAUCCCGGUUAGAACUGAAGCCGUCUGUGUUGAUGCACCAUCUCUUGUUCAAUCGGAAAAUCGAUUUGUGAUUCUCCAUGCUGCGAAGGGUGAUGAGACCGAAGAGGAGAUGGCAAAUGUCCAUUCUAAAUAUCAUACGCAAAGUCAGGAAGAACAAGACAAUAUCGCUGCUACUUCUGUUGAUGGUAAUUCGGAUUUAGCCAACACUAGAGCUUUACUUGAAGUUGAGUUGCGGAAUAUGCCCUUGGUCUCGCAACUAGAUCCCAUUCGAUCUAAUGAUGAUACAUCCGCGAAUGAAAUCCCUACUAAUGAGGCGGUUCAUGACGAGAGAGAGUUAUGGUCUGAUGGAGAAAUUCAUGAUGAUCACAUUGUUGAAAAUGAACACGGCGAGCGCACUGUUACCAAGAAGCGGGGGCGCAAGUCGAAGGAAGAAUGUGCAAAACAAUCGGAGGGUGUUGAACUAAGGUGCUCCCUUUGA